AUGUCUUCAUCUGGAUUUGGGGUUUCUUCAACAGCAUGUCGAGUGAAAGGCGAUAUUACUUGGGCACAUGUUUCUGAGAGUGUAGAUGAUAAUGGAAGGAAGAUGUUGAAGUGUUUAUAUUGUGGUAAGACAACUAGAGAAGGUGGUAUAUAUAGAAUGAAGCAACAUUUGGCUAGAAAAAAAGGGGAUGUUGAUCCAUGCACUAAAGUUCCUCAUGAUGUUAGAUUUCAAAUGGCGAAUGCAUUAGAAGAGAUUGUGGCAAAAAAUAAAGAAAAACAAGAAUUUCGUAGGCAUGCAACUCCUUUUGGUGCUACUAUACCUCCAUUUGAGGGUGAUAUUGCAGUUGAAGAAUUUGAAGGGUUGUCUCCUCCUAUGAACAUGACUGAAGGUAAUACUGGUAUUAGGUCUUCUAAAAAACAAAUUAGACUUACAAAUGAUUCAAAAAGAAAAAGACCAAUUGGGGUUGGGGAUUUUUUUGCUCCAAGGACUACUAGUGGGGCUCAACCUUCAAUAAAAAGUGUUUUGGCUGGAAAAGAAGCCAAAUGGAGAGCUGACAUGGCUGUUGUGAGGUUCUUAUAUGAUACUUGCAUCCCUCUUAAUGCAUUAAAUUCUAUUUAUUUCCAACCUAUGUUAGAUGUCAUUACUGCAAUUGGGCCUGGAUAUAAGCAACCAACAUAUUAUGAAGCACGAGUGAAUUUGUUGAAUGAUUCAAAGAAGGAAGUGCAAUUACUUAUUGAUAGUUACAGAAAAAAUUGGGAAGAAGUUGGUUGUACACUUAUGGCUGAUGGUUGGACAGACAUUUCUAGUAUAAUUGUAAAAGUUGUGGGACCAUUGAUGCGUUUGCUUCGUAUUGUAGAUUCAGAUGAAAGACCUUCAUUGGGAUAUGUCUAUGAUGGAAUGACAUUGCGUCGAGGUAUUCAUGCAGCUGCAUAUUACUUGAAUCCUGCAUUUCAAUAUGAUCGUGAAUCUUUUUGCACAAAACCAGAGGUAUUACAAGGUUUUCUGGAUGUUGUUGAGAGUAAAACAUAUGAAUGGUGGAGAACAUAUGGAUACAGUACUCCCAAUUUACAGAAGUUUGCAAUUAAAAUUCUUAGUCAAACUUCAACAUCUUCAGGCUGUGAGCGUAAUUGGAGUGUUUUUGAACGCAUACAUACUAAGAAGAGAAAUAGAUUGGAGCAUCAACGUGUAAAUGAUCUUGUUUUUAUUCAUUAUAACUUACAGUUGCAAAAUAGGUAA